AUGCCACUCCGAGCAUCGCUGCACAGAAAGCCAGCCUCUGGACGCUGGUCCAGCAGGAAUUCCAAGAGGAAGGAGGUUCUGUCUGUCAACAUGAUCAGCCUACCGCUCGCCGAUUUCCGCCACAUCACUCAUAUUGGAAACAAUGCUGACAGCUUUGGAGAUCUGUCUUUUCUAAAGCUGAGUCACAACCUGCUUUUACAAAGUUCCCGAAGUGAGCAGAACGUCUUUCUGGCCUGCUCACCGCCUCCAAAGCCGCCUCGUCUGAAUCUGGAUGAGACUGAGAGCAAAAAGACCCCUGACUUGUCUGUGGACCACCAGCACAAUAACUCGCAGAAAAGGAAGAAAUGCAGUUCUCUGCCCCUGCUGGACAGCGAGAAAGGAAAUGUAGAUGCUGAAAAAGAGGAUGGGUACCAAAGAGGGAAUAAUACUUCUUCCAAUCAGACUCAUAGCUCCAGAUGGGGCAGCACAGGUUCAGAUGGGGAUGAAGACUUUAACGAGACCUAUGACAAAACUACGGGACAACAAAAGGAUGAGGACAGUGGCUUUUCAUUCAGCCUCGACCUGGGUCCUUCGAUACUUGACGAUGUCCUUCAGGUGAUGGACAAACUGCACAAAUAAACCAGAGAUUAGCCAAAUGUCUCAGAGAGGCUUUACAAAAGGUUUGGAAUACAGAGAGCAAUAAGGCCCUCAUCUUGUCCAGAAUCCUGAUCGGAGACGAAAUCAUCACAUUUGGAUAUUGUUUUGUUCAUUAAGCUCGGAUAAAUCUAAAGAUAUCUGCUUUUUUGGAAUGCAGAAUCCCAAACAAUGAAUAAUAAACCACAGAUGAACACUGUACACUUUUUUAAAGGCACAGGAUAUGCUCCUAGAGCACUGUGAUCCACAGCGUUUACUAAAAAGUACGCGUGAUUCUGUUUGAAAAGGGGGCACAUAAACAAAGUUAAUGUUCUCCAAGCAAUCACCCUUUGCAGAGGCAGAUCCAGUGUUUAAGUUAAUAAUUAAACUUUGUCUCAUGUUAA